UCGCUGUAGAUCGCUCGGUUCAGGUCGCGCGACUCUUUUGGAGGACAGGUGAACCAUGGCGGCGCUGCGCGUGACCCGGCUGCUCGGCCCGACGGCGGCGGCCUUCAGCGCGCUGAGCGGCGCGCGCAAAGCAGGUGUGCACACGAGCUCGGCGAGGAGCCUGCGGUACGGCUGGUUGUCCUACGUUCUCGGCGAGAGGACGACGCCGCGGUUCAACCAGAACAGCCGGAUCAUCACGCUGGACGGCAACCUGUGCUCGGGGAAAGGAGCGAUGGCCCAGCAGCUGGCCGACAGCCUGGGUAUGCUCCACAUGCCGGAGGCGGACACCUGCUACAUGGACCGCAUGACGGGCGAGAAGGAGCCGCUGCCCGAGGACUUCAACGGGAUGUGCAGCCUGGAGCGCUUCUACGCCGAGCCCAGGGCCGCCGACGGGAACAGCUACCGGCUGCAGCUGUGGAUGUACACCAUGCGGCUGCUGCAGUACGCCGACGCCAUCGAGCACCUGCUCACCACAGGCCAAGGCGUGGUGCUGGAGCGCUCUCCCUUCAGCGACUUCGUCUUCCUGGACGCCAUGUUCAACGAGGGCUACAUCAGGCGCGAGUGUGUGGAUCACUACAACGAGAUCAAGGGCAUCAGCCUCUGUGAGUUCCUGGAGCCUCACAUGGUCAUCUACCUGGACCUGCCGGCCCAGGAGGUUCAGAAGAAGCUGCAGCAGAGCGGCAAGAACGUUCCGCUGUCGUACCUGAAGAGCAUCGAGCAGAGCUACAAGGACUCCUUCCUGCCCCUGAUGAGCGAGAAGACGGACGUGCUGGCCUACGAUAUGACCAAAGCCCUGAACGUCGAGAUGCUGGUCGACGACAUCAAAUACCCAAAGUUUGAGGGCGGGCCGUGGGCGGAGCAGGACGACAUCACCUACCACCAGAUGAGGAUGCUCGUGGAAGACAAGCAGCGGGUGGCGAUGUUGACCCACAUACCGAAGUUCCUCCCAGAGAUCACCAUCGGGGCGCACGACUUUGACGAGAAGUACCACGCCUUCAGAUCGCUCCCCGGCAAGAAGUACUCGGCUGGUUAUAACGCCGAUGUUGGAGAUAAACUGAUCUGGCUGAAGUGAGCUGCUGCUGCUGCUGCUGCUUCGUCCUCAAAUAUAUAAAACGUAUGUAUUGAAAGAAAUGAAUAAAAUUUUGAAUCUACACAAAAAUA